AUGAAGUUAGCUCUUUUCUAUAAGCAAUUGAUUGGUACUGCAGCUAGUUCCUUGAUUGGUGUGGAUGUUGGGGUGGUUAGGAAAGGGAAACAGAUUUCUGCUACUGAUGCAGAAAUGUUGGUGGUUCCUAUCUCAGAUGCAGAAAUUGAUGCAGCUAUCAAAGGUAUUGAUAUUUAUAAAGCUCCUGGGCUUGAUGGUUUCAAUAGUUUGUUUUUUCUUAAAGCUUGGGGGAUUGUGAAAGCAGAUGUAUAUGAAGCAGUGAAAGAGUUUUUUAGAACUGGUGUGAUGUUGAAAAUGCAAAGUGUUAUUGGGACAGUUGUAAGUUGUUCUCAAUCUGGCUUCAUUCCUGGUAGAUCUAUUUCUGAUAACAUUUUGUUAGCUUGUGAGCUGGUGAAGUGCUAUUCUAGAAAACAUAUUUCUCCUAGGUGUAUGAUUAAGGUGGAUCUGAAAAAAGCUUAUGACUCCUUGGAGUGGCCUUACUUGAAAACUAUGCUGUCAGAGUUAGGUUUCCCUGUGAAGUUUGUGAAUUGGGUGAUGCAAUGCCUCUAUUCUGUCUCUUAUUCUAUUCUGAUAAAUGGUUGCCCCACAAAGCCAAUUUCUGCAAAGAAGGGUUUGAGACAAGGUGAUCCUAUUUCACCUUACUUGUUUGCUUUGGGUAUGGAAUAUCUGUCAAGGUGUCUUGCUGCACUUGCUGAUAAUCCUGAGUUCUCUUAUCACCCUAGAUGCAAAAAUCUGGAUCUCACCCAUAUGAUGUUUGCCGAUGAUUUAUUGAUGUUCUCCAGAGCUGAUGAGAGUGCUGUGAAGGCUCUUUUUGAUGCUUUUACCAAGUUUUCCUUGGCUUCUGGAUCGGAGGCUAAUUUGCAUAAAAGUGAGGUUUACUUGGCUGGAGUUUCUAACCAUGUUGCUUCCAAUAUUGUUAGCUCAAUUGGGGUUCCCCAGGGGUCUUUUCCAUUCAGAUACCUGGGUGUUCCUCUCACAACUAGGAAUCUAUCAUUUACAGACUGCAAGCCUCUCAUUGAUAUAACUGUUGCUAGAAUCAAGAGUUGGACUUCUAAAUUUGUCUCCUAUGCAGGCAGAUUACAACUGGUGAAAUCUGUUCUUUUUGGUAUCAAACUUUACUGGUGCCAGAUUUUUGUUAUGCCUAAAAAAGUGAUGAAAGAAAUUCAGAGAAUUUGUAGGUGUUUCUUGUGGUCAGGUACUAAUGCAGAUUCUAGGAAAGCUUCAAUCUCUUGGGAGCAAUUAUGUUUUCCUAAGAGUUGUGGAGGGUGGAAUCUUAAAGACCUAACUGUGUGGAACAAAGCAGCAGUUUUGAAGCACUGUUGGGCUUUAGCUUUGAAGCAGGAUAGGCUUUGGGUGAGGUGGAUUCAUGCUUAUUACAUUCAGCAUAGAGACUUCUGGACUAUGCCAAUUCCUAAUGGUUUAACUUGGUCUUUAAGGAAAAUUUGGCAUAAUAGAGAAGUCUUUCUGCAGGCUAAUGGAGUUGAUCAGUUUGUGCAGGCUGGAAAAUUUAGAAUUCAGAAAAUGUAUAAAUUUCUUCAUCCAGUUGGAGUUCAGGUGGGAUGGAAGAGAUUGAUUUGUAAUAGCCAUGCUAGUCCAAAGAGUACUUUCAUUGUGUGGCUACCAGUGCAGAACAGACUAGCUACAAAAGACAGAUUGAUAAGAUGGCAGCUGAAUAUUGAUGGUACUUGUGGCUUGUGUCAGUUGGAAAGUGAGAGUUUGGAUCAUUUGUUCUUCUCUUGUUCUUAUUCUAAGGAGAUUUGGAGACAUAUUCUGAUUUAUCUAGGUGUGACUAGAGCUGUUUUGCCUCGGCAAGAAGAGGUCCAGAUUGCAGUAAAGAGAAGCAGAAGUAAAAAGAAGAAGGCUUACAAGUAUAGUAUAGCUUUCAUUGGGUCAGUUUACUGUAUCUGGUUGCAAAGAAAUUCUAAGGUGUUUAGGGAUCAUGUUGAUCCAGUCAAAACUGUUGUUAGCAACAUUAUGUUUAAUGUUGAGUGUAGAUGUCAGUAG